CAAAGAGAGGAACAGGAAGCAAGGAGGACAGAAGAAGAACAGAAACAGGCUCAUGAGAUGGCUGUAGAAGCUGAGGAGCGGAUCCGGGCUAAGAAUGAACUCAGAACGACUAAUCUUCAUGCAGGCGAUAAUCGGCCAGAAGAAGGGUUUUUCAGCAAACUUGACUCCAGCCUCAAGAAGAAUACAGCUUUUGUCAAGAAACUGAAAACUAUAACAGAGCAGCAGAGGGAAUCUCUGACUAAGGAGUUCAACUCCCUGAACCUGACCAAAUACAUAGGAGAAGCUGUGAAUUCCUUUGUGGAAGCAAAGCUCAAGAUGUCAGACGUGAACUGUGCGGUACACCUGUGCUCCAAGUUCCACCAGCGGUAUGCUGAGUUCACCCCCCAGCUGCUGCAGGCGUGGAACAAGUCCUUCCAGGCACGGAGGGAUGACAAGGAGGAGAAGAAGAAGGAGAAAGGAGACAAACUCAGGGUGGACAUUCGGCUGGUGGCUGAGCUGACAGUGGCUGGAGUCUUUACAGAUAAGGAAGGCUUGCCGCUGGUGGCCAGUCAACUGAAGGCUCUGAUAGAUGGAGACAAGGAGGCACACAACAACCUGACUAUCCUCUCCAGCUUCUGUAGACACUGUGGGGAGGACUACGCAGGUCUGGUACCCAGGAAAAACAGAUCUCUUGCGGACAAGUAUAAUGUGAUCCUACCAAAGAGUGAGGUGUUCCCAUGUGAGAUCCAGGGGAAGUGCCGCCAGCUGCUGAAGGAUUACUUCACUUCUCUGGUCAAACACCUGCAGAAGGACCACAAGGCACUGCAGAACCAGGCAUGGAACAACAGGAGGACCUUACAGACUAAAGGAGAGCUAAGUGAAGAAAGACAGAAGUCAUUUGAAGAUGCCCAGGCUGCUUACCAGAAACUGCUGAUGAAUGCCUCCACCUUAGCAGACCUCCUGGAUGAAGACAUGCCUGAUCUACCUGAAGAUGAUUUUAAGGAAGAGGAAGAAGGAAAUGUGGACAUCUUCCUUGCUAUCAAGGGUGGCGACGGUGAGAUAGGAGAGAACACCCUGUGGGAAGAUGAAGAGACCAGGAGCUUCUAUGAGAACCUGCCCAACCUGAAGGAGUUCCUACCUGCUAUCUUGUUCAAGGAUAGUGAGAAGAAGUCCAAUGAGCAGGAGGCAGAAGCAGAAGUAGACACACCUGAAGACACAGUGGAGGCUCUGGAGGAAGAGAUGAGUAACAUGGAGCUGGCUGAGGCAGUGGAAGUGGUGGAGGCUGAAGCUGAAGCUGAGGCGGAGGCAGAUGCAGACUCCUCUCAGGCUGAAAUGUCGGUAGAGGACAUUGAGAAAGAGAUCCUAGGGAGUGUGGAAGAUGUCGAUGAUGAUGCAGAGGGUGCCUCAGGGUCCAGCACUAAGAUGUUACUGGAGGGUUUCCUGCAGCAGCUGCCCAACUGUGUCAACAGGGAGUUCAUCGACAAUGCUGGGCUGGAGUUCUGUAUGAACAUGAACAACAAGACAAACAGGAGGAAACUGGUCAGGGCUCUCUUUACUGUGCACAGGACAAGGAUUGAUCUCCUGCCCUUCUACUCCCGACUGGUGGCCACCCUGCAGCCGUGCACCCCUGACGUGGCAGAUGACCUGGUCGCCAUGCUGAAGGGAGACUUCAAGUUUCAUGUAAGAAAGAAGGACCAAAUUAACCUGGAAUCAAAACUGAAGACAGUCCGCUUCAUUGGGGAGAUGACAAAGUUCAGUGUCUUCCCAAAAAAGGAGACUCUUCAUUGUUUAAAGAUGUUGUUGCUAGACUUCCGGCACCACCAGAUAGAAAUGGCGUGUGCCCUGCUGGAGUCCUGUGGGCGUUUCCUGUACAGAUCACCUGACUCACACCUGCGCACCAAGGUUCUACUGGAACAGAUGAUGCGUAAGAAGAUGGUGAUGCACAUGGACGAGCGCUACACCACACUGAUAGAGAAUGCCUUCUACUACUGCAACCCACCAGAGGUGGAGAGGGCUCCCAUCAAGAUCCGACCACCCAUGCAUGAGUACAUCAGAAAACUGCUGUACAAAGACCUGUCCAAGAUCACCACAGAGAAGGUCCUGAGACAGAUGAGGAAGCUGAACUGGCAGGAGGAAGAUACUUGCAGGUAUGCCAUCAAAAGUCUGACCCGUGUCUGGAAUGUCAAGUACAACAACGUCCACUGUGUGGCCAACAUGCUGGCUGGACUGGUCCCAUACCAGGAGAAUGUUGGGAUCCUGAUAGUUGAUGGCAUUCUGGAAGAAAUCCGACUUGGAAUGGAGAUCAAUGACCCUAAGUACAACCAACGCCGUGUCAGUGCAGCUAAAUACCUGGGUGAGCUGUACAACUACCGACUGGUGGAGUCUGCCGUCAUCUUCAAGACUCUCUAUUCCUUCAUCACAUUUGGGGUCUCCCUUGAUGCUGCUGUUCCAUCCCCCCUGGACCCCCCUGAACACAUGUUCCGUAUCAGGCUGGUGUGUGUGCUGCUGGACACCUGUGGGCAGUACUUUGACAGGGGCUCCAGCAAGAGGAAACUGGACUGUUUCCUCAUCUACUUCCAGCGGUAUAUCUGGGUGAAGAAGUCUAACCCAACGUGGACAGAGGCCCACCCCUUCCCUAUUGAGGUGGAUUUUAUGGUAUCAGAUACUGUAGAGACCUUGAGACCCAAACUCAAACUCAGCACCAGUCAGGAGGAGGCUGUGAAGGCAGUGGAGGAACUGGAGCAGGAAUACAGGAAUAAAUUCUCUCUACCUGGACAGCCAGAAGUACAGCAGUCUGUCACAACUCAGGAGGGACUAACCACUAUUGCUGAGGGGGAGGAGGAGGCAGAACCCUCUCCACAAGUUGACCUGUCCCAGCAAGUGGGAGCGCUGUCCAUCCAGGAGGUGGAUGAUUACGAGGGGAGUGACCAGGAGGAGAUGGCGUACGAGCAGGACGGCAGUCAGAGCGGCAGUCAGACGGAGAGCCAGAGUCAGAGUCAGCACCACACAGGGAUGGAGCAUGCUGAUGAGGCUGAGGAGGAGGUAUCCUCUGAAGAUGACAGGGACGACGAAGAGUCACUGGACUCCUUGUGGGAGACGGGCGAGGACGAGAAGGGAGACUAUGAUGAUGAUGAUGAGGAGGAGGAUGAUGAUGAAGAUGAGAUGCUGGACUCGGCAGGUGAGACAGAAGAUGAUGAUGAGGUCACCCUGCUGAUGGGAGGACCCAAACUGGUCAAGUGUGCCGAGGAUGAGGACUUCAUGUCAGCCUUUGACAAGAUGCUGGCAGAAAACAUCCAGCACCGCAGCACUGAGACUGUGAAGGUUCCCACCCUGGACAUCGCCAUUCCACAGAACAUGAAGGUCAAGGCUAAAGCAGCUCCUGUUGAACCAAGACCCGAGAGUCCCACUGAUACUGUCAACUUUGUUCUCAUGACCAGGAGGGGGAACAAGGCUCAGUAUCACAACCUGGACAUCCCUGUGACCUCUGACCUUGCCAUCAACCUCAGGAACAGGGAACAGGCUGAGCUGGAGGAGAAGCAGCGGCUGAAACAGCUGACACUGGACAUCCAUGAGAAGAUGGAGGAGGAGGAACUGCAAGAGUCCCUUGCAGCCCUGAACAGACCGGGCCCUGCUAACCUGAACAGGGAGCGCCGCCCAAAGUACCAGCCUCCUAAAGGUGCUCCCAAUGCUGACCUCAUCUUCUCAACAGGAGGAAAGAGGCGGUAGGGAGAGAGCAAGACGGACCCUGUAGAGGGCUCCGAGGCAGAUCUGCCCAAGGGACAGCACCUGGCCACCACCAGCAGCAGACAGCCCUUCCCAAGACAAGGCUCACCCAUCACACUACAGAUGCCAGGGGGACACACCAAGGGCCAACUGCUAUCCAGCAGGGCAGGGGUGUUGAUCUGUGGCGCGCAGUUUAGGGUUUCAUUGGCAGGGAUGGAUACUACAUAGGGACAUCACUGAAAAUGUCACGUGGGAGAAAGACAUGCCUUUUUUAAUCUCAUCAAGUCAAGGUGGUUCCUCUUGUCUGAGAAGUUGGGAGGUGAAGAGACCUGCGGAUUUCGGUCGUUUCUGACCCUGGGUCAUGGCUGGUUACGAUUGGCGAGGCGUCUGCUGGUCAGGGAAGGCUGGUCGCCUGCCCGAGUUACGUUUGAUCCCUGGGAUUACGUUGUGGCAGCUCUCAAGGGGCGCAUACAUUAUGAGACCGCCACUCUCAGAGAACUGUUUCAGUUCCAUCAAAGUUGGAAUCAUGCAUGUUUGCGUUCAGCCACUUCUGUUUUAUUAGUUCUCAAUUGUUUAUUUUGCACAGUAGUAAGUGUUGAUUCAGGUAUGAACAGCAAUUUGUUCUCAAUUUUAAUGGGUAGUUGGGCAAUAGUGCAAUGCAGAAUCCUACAGUCUAUUUCAUUCAAUUGCUACCAAAAUAGGUACUAUUUCCUAGAAAGCAAAAGAUCCAUUGGCUUUUAGAUGUCAACAUAGUACACAAUGGUAUGUUUAGUAACUUCUUCAACUGUAUUGAAGGAACGUUUCACAUCGGGUAAUACAGCAAUGGAGGAGUAAAACUAUAGGUCUUGAAAUAAGAUACAAAGUUAGAUGAAAAAGCCUUCAUGUUUUCAUUAUAGUUGCCCUAUUUUUACUUGCUAUAAAUGGCCAUUGUGGAAACAAUUUAUGUUGUUUUUGUUGAUGCACUGUAGUCAUCCACUGCUAGAGUGCUUGAACUGUUACGCCAUAAUUGUGUGAUGCUCUACAAUUACUUAGAUGCUGAAGGUAGAAACCAGUGUCAAAUAUGAUGCUGCAAAGCAAAUAAAGGAUGCUUAACCUGCAA